CUUUAUCAACGUCAAUCAGUAGUCGAUAUUAUCAUUGGCUUUUUAGCAGCUGCUUCAUAUCUCAGUCUUUAUCUACAAAUUAUUAAUUACCUAUCGUAGCAAAUGAUUUGAUUUUAUUUUCAAUGAUAAGGGCGACGCUUACCGCUGUGAAAUUUUGAGAACGUAAAAAAUGGUGCCGGAACUCUUUAAAAACCGUAUAAUACAAUGGUUAGAAGAUCAUCGUGAAUUUGUAGUUUGUGCAUUCUGCCUGCCCGCUAGCUUCCUCUUCAGUCUCUUUCUGCGCUUUCGAGCCUUCAUACGGAAACUAAACAGCGAUCCGCAGAGACAUGACAGUGCAGUUAGCGAGAUACAAUCUACGAUUCAAAAAUGGAACAGGCUACCAUCAAAGAAUCGUCGUCUCCUUUGCACAUCCAGACCCAAUUGGCUCUCACUUUCCACGACAUUCUUCCAAAAGCACCUACACCACAAAGUUUCGAUACCCCUGUAUGACAUCUUGGAGCUAGACGAGAAGACCAUGACCGUCAGAGUUGAGCCCAUGGUGACGAUAGGGGAUAUAACUGAGUAUUUAAUACCUAAAGGGUACUCUUUGGCUGUUACAAUUGAAUUGGAAGAUGCCACAUUGGGAGGUCUAGCUCUUGGAACCGGCAUGUCGACACAUUCACAUAAAGCAGGUCUCUACCACGAAACGAUAACCAGCUACGAGGUCGUUCUAGGCGACGGUUGCCUCGCGACCGCCACAGCGGAGAACGAAUACUCAGAUCUCUUCAAAGCUCUCCCUUGGUCUCAUGGUAGCUUGGGAUUCCUCGUUGCUUUGACAUUGAAAAUCGUAAAAAUUAAGCCUUAUAUAAAAAUAAAAUACACACCAGUCGAAGGACAAAAGAAUUACUGCGAUAUGAUAAGAGAUAUAUCCGGAGCUAAUGAGUCCACGCCAACGUAUCAUCCGGACUACAUAGAAGCUACCAUAUUCAGCGCUGACAAGGCUGUCAUUAUGACUGGAGAUUAUUCAGACUACGACAGGAAGGUCACGGUGAACCAUUGCUCGAGAUGGUACAAGCCAUGGUUCUACAAACAUGUCGAAUCAUUCCUGGAGAAGGGCGAGGGCGUUGAACUAAUACCAUUGAGAGAUUAUUUGCUGCGCCAUAAUAGACCUAUAUUUUGGGUCGUCGAGGACAUGAUUUCAUUCGGAAAUCAUCCAUUAUUUAGACUACUGUUCGGGUGGCUUUUACCUCCAAAGCCAGCUUUCCUCAAGUUCACCACGACACCAGGCGUCCGAGCUUAUACGUUCACGAAACAAGUAUUUCAAGACAUCGUCCUACCACUACAAGAAUUAGAAAAGCAAAUUGCAAUCGCUAGUAAAUUGUUCGAGAAGUUUCCUCUACUGGUGUAUCCGUGUAAAAUUAUCGAUCACGGUCCACUGUCCGGCCAACUGCGUCGACCUCACAGCAAAUACUUAGUACCGAAAACGAGUUACGCAAUGUAUAACGAUUUAGGUGUUUACGGCGUUCCGGGUAAAGUGAAGGACAAGAAGCCAUACAAUCCUGUGAACGCUAUGAGAGAAAUGGAGAAGUUCACUCGCGAUGUCGGCGGCUAUUCAUUCCUUUACGCGGACAUAUUUAUGACGAGGAAGGAAUUUGAAGCGAUGUUCGAUUUGACACUAUACGAGGUUGUCAGGCGGAAAUAUAGUGCAGAAGGAGCGUUCCCUCAUCUGUAUGAUAAGAUUAAGCCCGAAAUAGACGUGUUUGCGAUCGGUGAAGAGAAUGUCAUAGAAGGCUAAGGGCCGACACGCGACAUUUUAUUCGUUACUUUGUUAU